GUCCACAUUUUUAUAUUGUUAUUUUUUGGUCCAUGGGGUUUAAAAAACAAAAAAAAAAGGAUCUUUCUUUGGGAAUCAUACUUUGAGAAUUAAGAAGAAAAAAAAAAGAGAGGGGGGGGAAAUAAAGCAAAAUCCAUUACCAAACCCUAAUCCGCCGCGCCUCACAGCCGUAGAUUCGCCGUUCUAAGCUUCCUACGUCUUCUCAUCGCCGAUCUGCUCUAUACUGCUGUUUUAUGGAACUUGGAAGAAUGACGACAAUGUCUGAACUUCCUGGGGAUGUGGUAGAAGAGAUACUCCCUAAGGUUCCAUUGACAUCUCUGAGCGCGUUGCGAUCCACUUGCAAAAAGUGGAACUCUUUAUCCAAAAAUCGGAUUGUUGGUAAAGCAGCAGCAGUAAGGAAGCAGUUUUUGGGAUUCAUUAUGAUGGAUUAUAGGGUUUGCUCGAUGAGAUUCAAUCUCCAAGGAAUUGGAAACGAUGAAGAGUUCGUUCAUCCAUCUAUAAAGCAAGUAGGUAUACUUGACAAAAUCGAGAUAUCGAAUGUCUUUCACUGUGACGGUUUAUUGCUAUGCGUUCUCAAGGACAACUCAAGGCUUGUGGUAUGGAAUCCUUAUCUGGGGCAGACUAGGUGGAUCCAACCCAGAGACAGUUUCCACAGGUUAGACAGGUAUGCUCUCGGAUAUGACAAGGACCGUAACCACAAAAUCUUGAGGAUCUUUGCUGAUUAUGAAGGCAGAAACCAAGUUUUUGGCUAUGAAGUCUUCAGUUUUCGAACCGAUUCGUGGAAGGCUUUUCAUCUAACUCCCGACUGGGAUAUAGAGUCUCAUCAACGCGGCAUGUCUUUGAAGGGAAAUGCAUAUUUCUUAGCUCAAGAGAAGAAAUUAAAAGUUGGUCGAAGAAAGGUUGAGGAUUUUCUACUCUCGUUUGAUUUUACUAGAGAAACAUUUGGACCGCGUCUGCCUCUUCCGAUUCGCUCUUAUGAGGCAGAUAAUUUUGUGUCUCUGUCUUGUGUCGGAGAAGAGCAGCUCGCGGUAUUACAUCAAAGCUGGGGAAUUUGUGACGUACUGGAGAUUUGUGUUACAAAUAAGAUUGAUCCCGAUGCUGUCGUGUGGAGUAAGUUUUUGAGUUCGGUCUCGGGUUUUAGCGUUAAUCCUCGAGCUGGGAGUUUCUUCAUUGAUGAGGAGAUUAAAGUUGCUGUGGUUUUCGAUCUAGACGAAGAUAAAGGAAAUGAGACAUGUCGCAACCAAACAGCCUACAUAAUUGGACAGGAUGGAUACUUCAAAUCUGUGAAUGUCGGAGAGGCUAGGAAUCUCGGGAAACCUGACAAAGAUGGAUAUACUCCACGCCUAUAUUGUCGCCCCCUUGUGUGCUCUUAUGUUCCUAGCUUAGGGCAACUCCAAAUCAACAACAAGUCAUAAGGAUAUACAGCGAUGAUUAAUUUAGUUUCUUGCAUCUUGUUUGUGAUUUCAGAAUUUUUUGUUUUACAGAAUAUGUAAUUCAUAUAUACAUAUUUAUUUAUAAGAUCUCUUCUAUGUUGUUGUAACU